AUGGUUCCAAAGCGGGCGAAGGGCGCCGUGCCCCUGGCUGACUUCUACCCCUUCGGGCCGGCGCACGGGGACGCGGCCACCCCGCAGCAAGACGACGGCGGCUCCGGGCUCCGGCCCAUCGCCGUGAAGUUCCCCUUCUUCGGCGCGGCGCACACGGCGCUCUACGUAAACAACAAUGGAAUAAUUUCCUUCUUGAAAGAGGUAUCCCAGUUUACGCCAGUGGCUUUCCCCAUCUCCAAUGACCGACGUGUGGUAGCAGCUUUCUGGGCUGACGUGGAUAACCGGCGUGCCGGGCAAGUGUAUUACCGGGAAACAAAGGACCAGGCAGUCUUGGAGAGGGCCACCAAAGACAUCUGGCAAUAUUUCCCAGAAUUCCCAGACUUCUCAGCUAAAUGGGUAUUUGUAGCUACUUGGUAUCAGGUCACCUUCUUUGGAGGAAACUCAAUAUCUCCAGUAAAUACCUUCCAGAUAGUCCUCAUCACAGAUGGCAUGCUUUCUUUCACUAUCUUCAACUAUGAGUCUAUUGCCUGGACCACUGGCAUGCAUGCCAGCAGCGGGGGAGAUUCGGCAGGCCUGGGAGGCAUUGCGGCCCAGGCAGGUUUCAAUGCCGGUGAUGGAAAACGGUAUUUUAACAUCCCCGGAUCCCGCACUGAUGACAUUGUCGACGUGGAGAUGACGACAAAUGUGGGUAUCCCCGGGCGCUGGGUGUUCAGAAUCGAUGAUGCCCAGGUGCAAGUGGGGGGCUGCAACAACACAACUUCAGUUUGUCUGACACUCCGCCCUUGCCUGAAUGGAGGAAAGUGUAUUGAGGACUGCAUCACAGGAAAUCCCUCCUACACUUGCUCUUGUCUGGCUGGCUUCACUGGAAAACGAUGCCAUCUUGAUGUAGAUGAGUGUGCUUCCAACCCAUGUCGAAACGAAGCCACCUGUAUCAAUGGUGUUAACAGCUUCCGUUGUCAAUGUCCACCAGGAUUUAAAGGAACUACUUGUGAAAUUGAGGAGUCUCCAUGUGAAACCAAAGAAUGCCAGAAUGGUGGAGAAUGUCAAGCAAGAAACCAAACAGCUGUGUGCCUUUGCCAGCCAGGUUAUACUGGAGAAGUUUGUGAGAUAGAAAUAAAUGAAUGUGAAUCCAGCCCAUGCCUCAACGGUGGGCAAUGUAUAGAUCAGGUGGACAAUUUCACAUGUGUGUGUGCGCCUCCAUUCACAGGACAGCGCUGUGAAACAGAUCCUACAGCCUGUGAGGGCAGGAACUGCAGGAAUAGGCAGACAUGCAACUAUAUACGCCCUGGACGCUACAUCUGCACAUGCUCUCCAGGCUACUAUGGGAACAACUGUCAAUAUGAGCUCUCGGAGGACUGUGAGUGUCGAAAUGGGGGAAGGUGUCUGGAUGGAAAUGUUACCAUAUGUCAGUGCCCACCAGGAUAUUUUGGCCUUCUCUGUGAACUUGAAGUGACUGCCACACCUUGCAAUAUGAACACCCAGUGUCCAGAUGGAGGUUUCUGUAUGGAGUAUGACAGCAGUUACCUUUGUGUGUGCCAUACGGAUUAUGGUGCUAAUAACCACACUGAGCCUCCCUCUCCCUGUGACUCGGAGCCUUGCCUGAAUGGUGGAUCCUGUGAAGCUCACGAUGACUCCUACACCUGUGAAUGUACCCGAAACUUCAUUGGCAGGCACUGUGAGAAAGCAAGGCCAAAGCUGUGCAGUUCUGGGCCCUGCCGUAAUGGAGGAACCUGUAAGGAAUCAGAUGGUGAAUACCACUGCACCUGCCCCUACCGGUUCACAGGAAAGCACUGUGAGAUAGGUAAACCUGAUCCCUGUGCCUCAGGACCCUGUCAAAAUGGCGGCACUUGUUUCCACUAUAUUGGAAAAUACAAAUGUGACUGCCUCCCAGGAUAUGUUGGACGGCAUUGUGAGAUAGCUCCUUCUCCUUGUCACCUGCAACCUUGUGAAAACGGAGCCACUUGUGAGGAUCUUGGUAACAGCUAUGUCUGCACAUGCCCAGUUGGUUACACAGGAAGGCACUGCCAAUCAGAGGUAGACUGUGGUGUUCCCAGUGAGGUGAGGCAUGCUCACGUGGCAUUCAACUCAACAAAGAUGGGGUCUCUGGCAGAAUAUCGUUGUGAUCUUGGGUAUACUCUGAGUCCCCAAAAGAACCCCAGUGUGUGCAGAGGACAAGGUGCCUGGAGUGACCCUCCACAGUGUAAUGAAAUUGAUGAGUGCCAAUCUCAGCCAUGUAUGAAUGGGGGCUUGUGUAAAGAUCGGAUUGCCUCUUUCCUCUGCUUGUGCAAGGCUGGCUAUACAGGACACCACUGUGAGUUGGAGAUUGAUGAAUGCAGAUCUGCUCCAUGCAAGAAUGGUGGGACCUGCAAAGAUUUCCCUGCAUCCUUUAAGUGCCAUUGCCCAGAAGGUUUUGUUGGAACUCAGUGUGAAACGGAAGUGGAUGCCUGUGAUUCAAACCCCUGUCGGAAUGGAGGAGAUUGUGAAAAUUACAGUGGUUCCUAUCUGUGUGUCUGUCCAGAGGGUUUCUUUGGCUACCAUUGUGAAAUAGAGAGGCCUGUGUCGCCUUUAAGAAGUGCUGUUUUGAACUGUUCAUUGUGCACAUCUUCCCCAGCUAGUGACUCUUGUUUCUCCAACCCCUGUGGGAGCAGAGGCUACUGUCUGCCCAGUAAUGGAUCUCAUAUCUGCACCUGCAAAGUGGGCUAUACUGGCAAGAACUGUGAGAAAGAGCUGCUGCCACCAACCUCAUUAAAGGUGGACAAGGUGGAGGAGACUGGGCUGUCAAUCUCUUGGCGCCCUCCCAAGGACCCGGCUGCCAGGCAUAUGAUUGACGGCUACGCCGUGACGUACGUAUCCUUCGACGGCUCUUACCGCUGGACUGAUUAUGUGGACCGAAGCCGUGCUGCCCACCAUUUGCGGGCACUAGCCUCCGGCAAAGCCUACAAUAUUUCUGUCUUUUCAGUCAAACGCAAAUCGAACAACAAGAAUGAUAUCAGCAGGCCCGUCAUGCUCGUCACUCGUACUAGACCUCACCCAGUAGAGGGAUUUGACAUUGCCAAUGUGACUGCCACAACCAUUACUGUGCAAUGGGCUCUCCACAGGCUCAAGCACGCCACAGUCAGCAAAGUGCGUGUGUCCAUACGGCAGCCAGAUGAUGUGGAGGAUCGUGCUGUUGAGCUGAACAAUACUGCAACCAAGUACACAUUUUGGGACCUUCAGCCAGGACAGAAGUAUCUUAUCCACAUGUGGACCUUGAGUGGUCUCAGUACAGAAGACCACCCCACUGAAAGUUUUGCCACAGCACCCAUCUACGUCUGGACUCGGCCUCUUCCUCCUAGAAACCUCACUGCAUCCAGAGUCACAGCUACCUCGGUCCAGAUGGUCUGGGAGCAUCCUCUAGUUGGCUCAGGUGAUGGUUACAUCAUCAAUGUCACCACCAGUCAGAGUGUGAAGAGCCGCUACGUGCCCAAUGGAAGACUUUCUUCCUACACAGUGCGUGACCUGAACCCAGGUCAAAGAUACCGCUUAUCUGUGAUGGCUGUUCAAAACACAGACCAAGGGCAAAUGAUAAGUGAGCCUGCCCAUCUUUACAUUACAGCCUUACAGAAGGAUGGCACCCCAGAAAGACGCUGGAGCCAAACAGGGCAUCCUCGUGUGCUGAGAAAUCGCCUCCCUCCAUCAUUCCUGCCAGAAUUGCGUCUGCUUGCAGACCACAACACCCCUGAGGAGCCCUCUCUAGCACCCAGAUUUACAGAGCUAGUGGAUGGCAGAGGGAGGAUCACCACUAAAUUCAGCAAUUCACCAAGCAGAACUGUCACUGUCAGAACACAACCUGAGGCUCCCACAAAAGUUGAAGAAACUGUAGAAGAGUCAGUCAAUCAGGCACUGCAGCUAUCAGAACCUGAAAGCAGCAAGAAGGAAAGUGACAGGCAGAACUGUUCCAUCAACUUCUGCAAAAAUGGGGGGACCUGUAUCGCAGACACAGAGUCUUAUCACUGUGACUGUAAUCCUGGAUUCAAGGGUAAACAAUGUGAACUAGCUUGCAAGAAAGUACCUCAGUCUUGUACUCGACUCUAUUCAGAAACCAAAUCCUUCCCAGUCUGGGAAGGAGGCGUCUGUCAUUAUCUAUACAAGAGGGUCUACAAAGUGCACCAGGACGUGUGCUACAAGGAGACCUGUGAGAGCACUGUUACAAAUAAAGCACUCAACAGGAAGCAAAGUAACAGACACUGAAGCCAUACAGAACCAAACUCUUCAGCAUUUCUAUUAACUGGAUUGAAAAAAGGGGGAUCUUACUAGCAAGAGAUGUGGACCUUCCUCUUUGUCUUGUUCAGGAGGUGCUCACCAGACAGCCAUAUCCCCCCCUCUCUCUUUGGCAAGAUCAUGAGAACCCACUUGCCUUUUUCAGAUGCCUUUUCUUCAUAGCACCUGAAAUUUUUUUUUCCUGCAAAAUGAGUGACAUGUUAGAAAAGUCUCAGGACUACAAAUCCUAUGUGGACCAUUUGCCACGUGUAUAGGGCUCAAAACAUACCAGUGAUGGAGGUACCGAUUAUAUAGCCUAAGGCUAAUGGACCACCUUAACAGAAAAAGCAGCCCUAAAAUUGCUGUUUUGUAUUACAACUAAAAGGAGAAUCUCACUGCCAUACUGUCAUGUUCAAGGCCAAUCACACAUCUAACGUAUUCCCAAAUGCAAAAGCAUUAGCUUUUUUGGGGGAAAAAUCUAGCUCCUUUCCUUUCUUUUUUGCUAGACUAGCAAACAAUUUUGAGAGCCAGUUACAGUGCUUAUUAUUGCCUGCAAUUAGCAUUUCAGAGGUGUAUUUGAUGAAGAAACAGUGAGUCUCUUUUCAUAUUCUUAACAAGGAAAAAAAAUCAAAACAGGCUUCUAGUUGUGCAGCAUCUGGCCAUGCUCUUUUGUCCAAACUGAAAUGACACAUUUAAACAGAAAUGUUUAAAACAAUUUAAACUUGCCUUUAUUUCUUUGAAGGGUAAAGUAUUUCCUUUGCAGCUUUCUAAAAAAAACCCAAAUUUUAAUGUACAUCCAUGGAGAAAGGGUAAAACAUGAAGUUUCCUCUACCCUUCCUCCCAGAUGUUUGACUGCUACAGAAAGCAAGACCGGCCAGCCACUCAAGGAGGUUUAAAAUUUCCGAGCUUUUGUGAGUUUAUAUGGCUAGUUAAACAUUAAAUUGUGUUAAUAUACAUACUGUAUAUUUUAUAAAUUAAUACAAGCAGAGGAUCAGGUAUUGUUUAAAACUGCAAUUCCUUAAGUAGCUGCGGAGCUUUAGCAGGCCGUGUUGAUUACGGAAAACGCAGCCCUGUAGCCUGGAACACCAAUCCUGGCAAACUUUUGAGAAAUGUUAAAACAGUUUUUUGGUGAAGUGGUGCAUGUUAUAAAGGGAAUAAAAUUCCCUGGAGGAAAAUAGUAUCCCUUACCUGAGGUAGCACAAAAUGGUUCCAAGAUCCUAAAGGCCACCAAUAAAAGCUCAGACACAUUACUAAGUGGAAACUACAGGGUUUGGUGAUGAGAUGGUGUUUACAUAGUUUAGGCAGUGGUAUCAGCUGAAGGUAUUUUUAAUGGGAUAAACAGCCUCUCUCACUAUAGUCCUCAUGAAACACUGGACAAAGAAAACUACUAUUGGGACAUAACAGGAAAGUACACUGCUGAAAAGAAUUGACAAAAUAUCCCUUAAUUUUCUCUAUAACUACUUCCAGUAUUUAGUGGAGCACUCUGUAACUUGAUCUUUAUGAAACAAAAUGAAAAUUGGGAUUUAUCACUGGGAAGAGGAGGAUAAAAAAGAUGGCUUAGCCACCUGAGCUGCAGGGUGGUGGGGAAGGUGCAAAAGAAGGAACAACAGACUGCAUUAUCUGUAGUUUAAAACUUACUUUUAAAAUUUUUCUAGCAUUUUAAAUGCUAUUUUCUCUGCAAAGCCAGUUUUCUGCUACAUAUAAAAAAAAUUUAGGCAUCCUAAAAAUCUGCAUUAUCAUGUAUCAUUAGCAGGCAGAGGAAGCUUAUCAUACCUGCUAUUUCAUAUGUUUAUGCUGUGAGUGCUGUUUAUGUAGUAGAUAUAAUAUCACAAGAAAGAGGUAUGGGUAUAUCAAGGAUUGCAGAACAACGAAAACAUCUUGAGGAGAGAACUAUAAAGCAAGGGAUUAAAAACUCUUCAGUGAAGACUGAGCAUGUACAGUGAUCACAGAAUGCUGACUGUUGGGGAAGACGGUGGGGGAAAACAAGGAAUGGAAUUAAGUGGCUGGAAUUCUGAGCGAUAGCACACCAUGAUGGAACUUUUUAUUUUUUAUUUUUGGGGGGCAGUCUCACUUCACAAGCAUUUGCAUCAAAGCACUCCAGUUUCCCUGGCGUGAGAGCGUGCAAAGACCAUCUCAUCAUUACAAAUCCAGUUUCCAAGAUAGAAAACAAAACAAAACAAAAAAGGUGGAGGUGGGUGGCAUAACACUGUCAGCAAAACAGCAUAGUUUUCUCAAGCCCAGUGUGAGCUUUAAAAGCAGCAGCAACUGACUAAGCAAGAGACAGCCAGUUUGUCUGUUGCAUUGUCUAAAGUAGAAUGAAGUCUCUAUCAAGUCAGUAUUCUAUAGCCAGAAGGAGGCAUAUGUAAUGCAGCAAUAAACUUUA